UUCGGUCCCAGGUUCGUAUUUGGGCAUGGAUCCAGCAUUUUUGGUCUGGAUACCGCCACUCGAAGAAGGCGAUAUUUUGAAGGAGAUUGACAAUAAUAGAAAACCUAUUUAUGAGGAAAUCCUGCCUCUAGAAUUGCGCCCGGAUCCUGGCAGUAACACAGAAUCCCCAGAGGAAAGGCCGACAUCUAGCACUUUAAAAAGAAACGAAAACAGAACAAACAGAUCAACAGAAUCUAUCAAGUCUAUAAGAAAAGUCAUAGAAAAGGGAAACAUUAUACACCCUUUGAAUUUCAGUAUAAGUGAUUUGCAAAAUUCUCCCAAAUUGCCGAGGAGGAACAAGAAGAAGAAGGUCGAAAGUCCCGUGGGAAUACAAAUGAAUGAACUGUCGAUGAGCAAAUCUCCGGUUCGGGUCCACAGAAGGGACUCUGAUGCAAAUAAUUCUACGUUAAAACGAGUAAACGACAAUGCUAGAGAAACUAACGCUGACACUUUAAAAAGGUCAGAUUUUGCUGAUAUUAAAUUUGCAGAUGAGAAUUCUGACUCGUCGAAUGAUAUAAAAUUCGCAGACGACUCGCCAGAUAGCAAUAGGAUGGUUGAUAAAUACAAUGUUAAAGUAUAGAUGACUUGUAAUACAGCUAUACAGUAUGUGAACCGUUGAUACAUUAAAUUAAAUAAGUUAUUCAAAAUCGAAAAAAAUAAUCCGUGUAUCAUGUUAAUUUUAGCUGUUCUUUAAUCAAAUGGUUGAUGAUAGAUAAUAUAAUUAUUUUUUAUUAAGUUCAGAUAACGCCAUAAUUGCAAAAAGGCGGAUUUGCCCGCGUAGACGGAAUAGGGCCCUCUGACCUUAUGUCAUAAGCAGUUUACGUACUGUAUAUAAAUUUCAUAUAACAUUAUUCGUAAAGUUCUUUUAAAAUACUAGUUUAUUUGUGAUUAGAAAUGUUCAUUCUUUUUAAAUCCUAACAAAUUAGGAAAUUAUGUCGGACAACUGUAUAAAUGGCAAUUUCUUAAAUUAAAUCUGCAGUAACUUCAUUUUGUGGUGGUACCACCUCAGUUGAACAGAGUAACUUGAAUCUUCAUUUCGUUUUUAGUGGUACAAUCUCGGUUGAAUCGAGUCCUUACUUUAUUCAAAUAUGCGUAUUCUCUCCUAUUUUUGUAAGUUUUCAAAAUGAAAAAUAACAAAUAAAUUAGCAUUUUACAAUAUUCAGUA